CAGAAUAACAAUUCCACCAAAACAUAGAAUUUGACAAAUAGCUUGACUUAUGGAAGCUCAUUUCCAACUUUACUCCUAUGCUUUGGUCUUCUCUUCCUCGAUCACCUGGCUUUAAAAUCAUUAACUACCUAGCUAUCCCUUCCCUCCAUACCCAAUACAGACUCUGAAACUCUCUCUUAACCGCUAUGGUUUCUCUGCAAAAAGCCCAUGUCUUACAGAUUCUGAUUCUGGUCUUGCUUACUCCAUUUCUGGUGCCAAGUAGAGCACAACAACCCACAAACAGUCCAAUGACAACAGACCCAUCUUUCUAUUACAAUCUUUGUGCACCCUCAAGAUGCAACAACCUCACCCUUACCUAUCCCUUCACCCUCCCAUCACCUUGUUACCAAUCUACCUACUUCAUACCCUCAUGUCCCAACAAUGAAACCUUCUUCCUCACCAGCUCUGAAAACAAAAACAUCUUAAGAGUCUUCACCAACAACUUCACCUCCGACGGCAUCUCCUUCUCCUUCCUCACUGCCUACAACAAUCUUUUCAGCUGCGGCCCAAUUUCCAGCCCCAACUUUUACUAUUCCGCUUCUCCCCUGACCCUCCCCUUAGAUUACGCCACUGGAACCCACCUUAACUGUACCACCACCAUCCCGGCCGGGGCUCUACCAGGCCUCCAGAGUGCUGCUUGUAUAGGCUGCCCCGGUCAGGAUCCCACCAAUGUUUGCUAUUAUGCGGUGGGGCUGGUUACGUACCCUAACUGUGAAAGAUUCUACAUCUUCCCAAAGAAGGGUUUUAAUGUUAGUGCGGAAAAGGAUCUGAGAGGGUAUCUACAGAAGGGGUUUGAGCUUAAGUAUACCAAGACGGUGGACUGCCUUAAAUGUGAGAAUACUGGUGGAAGGUGCGGCGUCAACCCUACUUUGUCCGGAUCGUAUGUUUGCUUCUGUAAAUCUAACGUGCACCGUUUCAACUGCUCUGACGGUAUGAUAGUGGACAUAACAACAUGGGGUGGAGGAGUAGACCAAGGAAGAAGAUCAUCAUCACCUUCCAAAGUACUCAUUGCAGCGGUUUCUGCUUCUGGAGUGGUGUUCGUAGCACUCUUGGCAACAAUGGUGACUCUCUUCAUCCACCAUAAACGUAUGAAGGUAGACUUGAACAAGAAAGAAGCAAUCUCCAAUAUAUCCCCAACAAGGUAUUCCUACUCUCAAUUAAAGAAGUUCACUAACAAGUUUUCAUCAAAACUUGGGGAAGGUGGAUAUGGAAGUGUUUAUGAAGGGAUCAUUCAUCGAAAUGGGGUUAAAGUACCAGUUGCUGUAAAGCUUCUAAAAUCAAAACAAAGCCAGAACCAAUUCAUGAAUGAAGUGGCAACGGUUGGAAAUGUCCACCACAAUCACUUAGUGAGUUUAAUGGGUUAUUGUGCUCAAGGGGAUAAACGUGCUCUGGUUUAUGAGUUCAUGGAGAAUGGAUCCUUGGAUAAGUAUAUCUACACCAGUAGAAAGGGAGGAGGAGAGAGGAAUGAUGCAAGUACUAUUCAACCGUUAAGCCAUAAGCAAAUGCAUGCUAUAGCCUUAGAGACAGGUAGAGGGAUAUUGUAUUUGCACCAAGGCUGUAGGAAUAGGAUCCUGCAUUGUGACAUUAAACCUCACAAUGUGUUAUUGGAUUCUGACUUCACUGCGAAAGUCGCCGAUUUCGGGCUUGCUAGGAUGAUUGAUAAGGAUCAUAGCCAUGUUUCAUUGACAAGGGCUCGAGGCACUCCAGGGUUUGUGGCCCCAGAGAUGUGGUUGAAGAAUUAUGGUCCGGUGACUGAGAAAUCUGAUGUGUAUAGUUAUGGGAUGCUACUUCUUGAGAUGGUCGGUGGGAGAAAGAAUUAUGAUUUGGAAGCAAAUGAUGAAUCAAUAAAUCAAGUAUAUUUUCCUAUAUGGGCAUUUAACAAGGUCAAGAAUGGUGAAUCUCCAUUACCCAUGAAAAGAGAGGACAAUAAUGCUUCAAUUGUGAUUGAUGAGGAAGGAGGAAGAAAUGAAAGAGAAGAAGAUGAGGAGGAGGAAGUUGUGGAGAGGAUUUGCUUGGUAGGUUUGUGGUGCAUUCAGCACAUACCUUCCAACAGGCCAUAUAUGGAUAGAGUGAUUCAAAUGUUGGAAGGGACUGUUGAGGUAAGAAUCCCCCCAAACCCAUUUCCCCCGGAGAUGGACACAAAUGCUGAAAAUAUCAACUAUUUCCCUUCUGUUUAUUUUAGUGUUGAAGAUCACAACCCUUCUGUUUAUUUCAGUAUUGAUAGUGGAAGCAAGGCCAUUGAACAUCAAAUAUGAGUGGUGCUUCUUCAAUCUUUAAUCAUAGGUUGUAUUAGGGAAGGAUGUUGGGUUGAUGAUGGAACAAAUAGAAUAGAGACAAAGUGUUAUUUUUUUUUUUUUUGGGGGGGGGGGGGUGUGUUAGAAAAGAUUGUUCUUGUAAUGUGAUAGCUUCAUGAAUAUUAAUAAGUUAAGGGGUCCUAAAAUCAAAUUUUUAGAUGUAACA